UAACAGUCCUUUUAGGAGCUUUUGUUUUUUAUCUUUACAUUCCAAAUGAAUCAAUGCUAACUAUGACAUAUAUAACCCUCAGAUGCUGGACUGGAGACUGGCAAGUGCACAUUUCAUCCUGGCUGUGACACUGACACUGUGGAACUCAGGAAAAGUCCUCUCAGUAGAUGUAACAACAACAGAGGCCUUUGAUUCUGGAGUCACAGAUGUGCAGUCAACACCCACAGUCAGGGAAGAGAAAUCAGCCACUGAUCUGACAGCAAAGCUCUUGCUUCUUGAUGAAUUGGUGUCCCUAGAAAAUGACGUGAUUGAGACAAAGAAGAAAAGGAGUUUCUCUGGUUUUGGGUCUCCCCUUGACAGACUCUCAGCUGGCUCUGUAGAUCACAAAGGUAAACAGAGGAAAGUAGUAGAUCAUCCAAAAAGGCGAUUUGGUAUCCCCAUGGAUCGGAUUGGUAGAAACCGGCUUUCAAAUUCCAGAGGCUAAUUGAUUCCAAUUGUGAGUACAAUUUGAAUAAGUAACAAUAUAUGCAGGCAUUUGAUUAACAUUUCACAAUGGAGUAAUCAAUCUAUUCUUGCUUAUAAGUUCCCUUUUUGAUUUCCUAGCUUAUCAAUUCACUUUUUCAAUCAUCUAUGUAUUCAAUUAGUAUAGUAUAUUAAUGUUAAAUCACUUAAAUGAUAGUUAAAAAGCAAAAGAAUCUGCUAGUUCUGCUUUACUCUCCAAAAUUAAUGAUUUAGUUGUUUUCAGACUCCUAUGUAAUUAACCAUU